UUAGAUUUAGGAUGUUCUCUCACCUCUGCUGGAUUGUGUGGCCUCCGUUUAUGGUGUGUUCAACUCAACUGCAAACAUGAGCCACCAGUGCCACUCCUUUGUGAUCUUCCCAAUGACUCCUCUCCCCCCUUCUUCCUCCCCUCCACUUGUUCCGGUGCUUCCUCUCCGCUUCGCAAGCACAGGUGAAGAGGUGCACCAGCGAGAGCAGCACAACAAGUCAUGUCAAUCGCUACUGUCACCAAUCCAUCUCUCUGUUCAUCCCCUUCCCUUUUGAGAGCACAGCCUACCAGGAGAAGUCCACCCUCCUUUCUCCUCCCCCACUUCUCCUGCACCAAAUCCUAUAAGCAUAGAGGCCUUGUUGCUAGAGCGGAUUCUUCUUCUUCUUCUUCUGCUUCUUCUUCUUCUUCUUCUUCUUCUUCUUCUUCUUCUUCUUCUUCAGCUAUUGAGUCUCAGCCUUCGAAGUCGGACGGUGGGGAGGGCGGAGCAGGAGAAGGUGAGGAGUACGAGGUUGAAUUGGAGAAGCCAUAUGGGCUAAAGUUCGUGAAGGGACGUGAUGGAGGCACCUACAUCGAUGCGAUAGCACCCGGUAGCGCCGCCGAUACGUCGGGGAAGUUCACUGUGGGAGACAGAGUAAUUGCCACAAGUGCUGUGUUUGGCACCGAAAUAUGGCCGGCUGCUGAGUACGGGAGAACGAUGUACACCAUCCGGCAGCGAAUCGGUCCCUUGCUCAUGAAAAUGCAGAAGAGAGAUGGAAAGUUGCCUGAUGCUGGUGAACUGACGGAGAAAGAAAUUAUAAGAGCUGAGAGGAAUGCUGGGUUUAUUAGCAACAGAGUGAGGCAAAUUCAAAUGCAAAAUUACUUGCGGAAGAAGGAACAAAAAGAACGCAGGCAGAAUGAUCUUCGAGAAGGAUUAAAGCUUUACAAGAAUGGGAAGUAUGAAGAAGCUUUGGAAAAGUUUGAGUCUGUGCUGGGCUCAAAACCUGAGGCAGAUGAAUCUUCAAUAGCAAGCUACAAUGUGGCGUGCUGUUAUUCCAAGCUUAAUCAGAUUCAAGCUGGUAUUUCGGCACUAGAAGAUGCACUGGUAGCAGGAUACGAUGAUUUCAAGACUAUCCGCAAUGAUCCUGAUCUGGCCAACGUACGUGCUUCGGAGGAAUUUGAACCCCUCAUGAAGAAGUUUGAUGAGUCCUUCAUCAAUGAGAAUGCCAUCAAUGCUAUCAAAUCUCUUUUUGGAAUAUUCAACAAAGACUAAGCAUCUUUUGUUCUCCACAAGACCAGCAAUUGUGUCACUCAAUUCCUGACUAUUUGGAGCCUUGAAAUGCUCUCAAGAUCUUGGGAAUUGGAUUAACAAAUUGCAAUACCAGCUGCUUUUUUUCUUCUUUUCCUAUGAUAUAUGGAAUGAUUAUUGUAUAGCUUACUUGUCCUUCCAUUGUAAUGUUAAUUUUUCAGAUGUAUGAUUGAAAUCAUCCUUAGUUUUAUUUGGAUUAAAAGGAGAACCUUUUUUAUCUUCAUAA